UGGUUCCGGCGAGGACCCGGAAGCGGCAGUGGGGUGAUGGCGGCGGAGGGGGUGGUGGAGGCGGAGCUGCAGCCGGAGGGCGAGGGCGGCGGCGAGCCGGAGGGGGGCUUCGGGCAGCUGCUGGAAGAGGAGGAGGAAGGGGAGGACGCCGGCUACGUGCUCUACAGGGACAGGAAGGAAUGGGCAGAUAUUGAACCAAUCCCUCAAAAUGAUGGGCCAAAUCCUGUUGUUCAGAUCAUCUACAGUGAAAAAUUUCGAGAUGUCUUUGAUUACUUCCGGGCUGUUCUGCAGCAGGAUGAGAGAAGUGAAAGAGCCUUCAAACUAACAGCAGAUGCCAUCGAGUUAAAUGCUGCAAACUACACAGUAUGGCAUUUCCGGAGAGUCCUCCUGCAGUCCUUGGGAAAGGAUCUCCAUGAGGAACUUAAGUAUAUUACAGCUAUCAUUGAAGAUCAGCCAAAGAACUACCAAGUCUGGCAUCAUAGACGGGUGUUGGUGGAGUGGCUGCAGGAUCCAUCCCAAGAGCUUGAGUUCAUAGCUGACAUUCUUAACCAAGAUGCCAAAAAUUACCAUGCUUGGCAACACAGACAGUGGGUUAUUCAGGAGUUCAAGUUGUGGGACAAUGAACUGGAAUAUGUAGACCAACUUCUGAGGGAAGAUGUGAGAAACAACUCUGUUUGGAACCAGCGGCACUUCGUAAUCUUCAACACUACUGGCUAUGAUGAUCCAGCAGUUCUAGACAGAGAAGUCCAAUACACUCUUGAGAUGAUCACUGCAGUGCCACAUAAUGAGAGCGCUUGGAACUACUUAAAAGGGAUUCUACAGGAUCGUGGUCUUUCUCAGUAUCCAAAUCUGUUAGAGCAACUGUUGAACUUACAGCCCAGCCACAGUUCACCCUAUCUGAUCGCAUUUCUUGUGGACAUGUAUGAAGAUAUGCUUGAAAACCAGUGUGAUAACAAGGAAGAAACACUAAACAAGGCAUUGGAGGGAAAGGAAGGAAUGGUUUUAUUUGGGACCUAUAAAUGUCUUAACCUUGUUGCUCCUGUAGGCUUUCUAUAUAUUUUCCAUGCAUAUUUUGAGCAAAGAAGUACUUUUCCUCCCCUUUGUGAAAGACAGAAGGCACUUGCAGCACAGAAUUCAAAGGAUGCGUAUACCUGUACAAGAAAACUGUAUCUGCCCUGUUUUCAGUAAAUGGCUAUUGUAAACUGUGUUCUUAGAUAGAGUGCUUGUCUGUUAUGAAGUAUUUUCUUGGAGAUGGUCGUAAAAGGAACAAAUAAAUACUAGUAUUUAUUCCAUAAUAUGAACAGUCUUUCUGAUACUAAACAUUAAAAGCUGCUGUAAUUAAACCAUAUGAGAUUAUUUUAUACUUGAAAUAUGUUAAGUCAAUGCAUUCUUUAAAGCAACUCAGAGAGAGUGAAAUAUAUGAAAGCUAUCUAGUUUGGGGUUUUUUCAUGUUUUUGACACUUUCCCAAUAGUAGAGAAAACAUGUUUAUAGUGGCACAUGAACAUUUAAAAUGGACAUGAACUUCAAGUGGUGACUUGGCAGUCCAGGGGUAGACAUUGGACUUGAUGAUCUUAAAGGUCUUUUCCAACCUACUUCAUUCUAUGGUUCUAUGAUUCAAACCUUUGGGGAUUUGUUCCCUGGGGGGUUUUUUGUGCCUUUUCUUUACCACAGUUGAAGCUCCAGUACAGAACAAAAAGUGUAUGUUUAUAUCAUACCAUAUGAAUGGUUUCUAAUUGAAAUUACUCUAAAUAUGGAGUACUGAUCAGUCAGGAUGUUCCAGGUCUUUAGGACAAAGUAGUAUAUUGGUCACUACCAGUCAAGAAAGCUCAGAGAUAUACAACAGAUAAAUGCAAUCCUUAAGAGGGAAGAGAAUUUUGCCUCUGCAUAUGGUGUCACUAUGUUCCUCCUUUCUUUCAUGAACAAUACGCAAAAGGAACUUGGAAUAAGGCAGAGUGUUCUUUAUAGACACUGGCAUGGAUUGCAGAGAAAAAUCACUCAUCCUGCAGUAAGAUGAUGAUCAGUGUCUGCUGGGACAGCACACUGGGGAUGUGAGUUGUGGUCACUUGUGGUCUGAGGAAAGACCUUAGCUUUAGCCCUGUUCUUCUGUGUCAAGAACAGUGGGAUCCUCUGACAAGACUCUUGGACUAUUUUCUUAUGGUGUGGUCAACUUAGGGCCUUCUUGAAUCAUGUCUAGAGGUAAUCAGUGAAGAGUCAUCUACUGACAAGUUUCAUGUGGGAAAAUUGGGGAAAUUACAGACCACCUCUCCUUAGUCCCCCAAAGUUAAAUUAGAACACUAAGAAAACCUUAGGAUAAAAUGCAGCUGCUACUUCCAGGAUGGGAUGCAGUUGGCAUGCAUGGAAUCUGCCUGGUGAUAGUUCCUUGGGCAACCCCACAACCUUGGCAUAUGCUGAGAGAAACUGACCAGAGCGUGGAGCAGAAUGAAGGCCCCGCAGCCAGUCUCUGUUGUGCUACCUGCAGGAGCGGGAACUAAAAGCCAGCGUGUACUGAUGAACUGCACAGCAGCUGCCAAGCAAGGAAACUAGAUUUGUAUUUUUAAAAGCAAAGCGAGAGGAUUUUACACCCAUCAGUAACAAAGUGUGUAUGACUAGUCACUCAAGCUCCAUAGGCACAGAGUUAAAAAGUCAAAACCUGUAUUACUAUGGGGAAGACUGGACAGAUCCAAGGGCCUCCUGCAAGGUCAGGAUGAACAACAUUGAUGAACAAAGAACUGAAAGCAGGAGGGGAGGCUUUGCCCUUGUGUAGGCAGAUUAAGAAACGGAGCUAACGAAUCUCUAAUCAGGAAAGACUAUUCUUGAAGCCUGGUAUACCUUGGGAGCACAUGGACAUAGUCAACAUAUGGCUUCAUGUGUCAGCAAAACAUGACUAGGGUGUCCUUUUGACAAAAACGGUGUAACCUUAUGGAAAUUAACUGACCGAUCAGUACAUGGAGGGAGGGUUAUGGGAAGUUCCUAAUGGUAUAAAUCAAAUUAAUCAAAUGGUAUAAAUACGUGAAAUUACAAAAGGGAAAGCAGGGAAGGCUCCAUCAUAACUUCUGGGAUCAGUCAACAGGCUGAACCUGCCUUCUCCCCCAUAGGGAUACCUAUUGGGAAAGAACUUUUAUCUUUUGCAUGCUAAACAACUAACGCAUGCUAGCUGUUAUCAGUGAUUAUAGUCUGGUUGUGUAUCACUUCAAGCUUGUUUUUGCAGACAGUCCCUAUCACUGGCAAUCACAAACCUUAAUUUGUCACGAUUUUAUAUUAAUAGUGUUAUUCCAUAAAAUGUUAGUGUUGGUCCUUUGUGGGCACCAGCAGUCAUCAGUAGUGGGUAACAAAGUGAGAAAUCCACUGAGGGGCCCCCCUGAUGCUAUUGGUGCAUUUCCCUGAAAAAGUCAGUCAAAUCACGCUCUGAUCCAGCAGGACUGUUCAGGAAAGGGUCCCUAUAAUGGGGUGCUGACAGAUUGGCUGGGCACAGGGGUCUCGGCUUUCCUGGGGCACUGAUAGACAGAUCAAACACUAGGGGUCGAGAAAAUCUCCCUCUCUUUCACAUGACGGUUAAUAGGGUUUUAUACCUGUGAUACAAGCAUAGUGAUACUUGCAAAGAUAAUGCUAUUUCUGAGCUAAGUUAACCACUGAAGGAAGAACUAGGUGUGUACUCUAACAGAAAAACACCUCGUCUCACGUAAAACAAACGCGUGACUAAACAAAUCAAGCGAAUCCUAAGAAAAAAACAUGAUGGAAUCUAGACUCCAUUAAAAAAAAACCAACAGAAAAAAAAACCAAAGCCAAAAAACAAAACAAAAAAAUCAUUCUAAGAGAAAUGUUUGGUUUUUUCUCUCAAAUGUUUCUGUUUACUGUCACUGAGAUUGCAAGGAAGCUCUAAAAUUCUCAGUUCUGUAGUAGUCAGGCAUACUCAGAAAUACUGAGCUGCAGAGCUGGGAAAUCGACAGGCUGCCCAGCCAGGUUGCAAACGCAGCUACCAAGCCUUUAAUUUUAAAAGUGUGUCCAAGACAGAAUCUGUCAUAUGGAAGUGGAUGC